AUGACACUUCCGACGAGAAACGAUGUAAUGGCUACGAGAGGAUUAUGUGCUAAUCAGCACCCUGGAAAUCAGUACUUCACGCAACUUGUGAGAGACAGGUUGGACGAGUACAUCAAUACAAAUAGAAGAGCCAGACGGCCCAUCAUAGAGGCAAUUGUCUCGAGAGUGCAAGCUACUGGUGGGCGUUUCUUGAGAUAUGUUGGCAAUGGGGAUUGGUUGGAGAUAACGAAUAAAGACGCAGUGAGCAAGACCUCGCACUACUUUCGCGAUGAAGCAAGAAGAUUACGAACAUCUUGUUUCAGCAAUUGGCCAAAUUGGAAGGUUGAUCAGUUAUGUAGUACACUACGUGCAACAUCCACGAUGAAGGAUCUCGAUAUCAAGUUCUUCGGCAGAACUAAUUUCGAGAAGCUGAUUCGGGCCUUGAUGGAAAACCAGUCUCUUGAGAAAUUGACUAUGAACUUGACUCGUUGCCAAGAUUCUCCCACCGCCGAAGCCAUGGUUUCCACGCUUUGCCUGGCAAUCUCCUCCCAUCCAGAGCUAGCAAGUGUAACAAUCCUGGUUCCAGAAUCAUUGGGAGAGGUUUCAACGACAGCCAUUAUUGAUCUCAUUCGCGGUUCGAGUACACUCCAAGAACUGCGAGUCGUGGAUAGUACGUCCUUGUCCACCGCUGUUGCACCUGCUACUACUCCACAGCACAAUCGUGAUUAUGCUUCAGAGCUCAUGCAAGUGUUGGGAGAGAAUCGUCACUUGAAGAUUCUGGCCAUCCCACGCAACAUUGCUGGUGGGCUAAUCAGAUUCUCAGAUUUUAUGAACUUUAUCUGGAACCAUCCUCGUAUUGAAUCUGCGAGUCUGCUGGGUAUGGAUGAGAAGGAGACAGCAGAAGCUGAUCUCAAGGAAGUGACUGCAUUUUCCCACCGUAUAGUUCCAUUGGUUUGGGAAAUCGAUUCGAAAAUGGCCAACCGUUGCCAAGAAUCGGUAUGCCAACUACUGGAAGCUCAUCCAGAAAUCUUGAUCAAGCCAGCAAGAACCACUCCUUUCUGCAACACCCUGCCUCCAAGGCUACAAUUGUUGGCCGAUUUUCAUCGAGGUGGUCGCUAUCUUUUGCAACAACCCGACCUUCUCUUGUCGGUAUGGCCUCAUAAUGUGAUGAUAGCCGAGCGAGUUGUGAAUCCGGAUGUGAUCUUUGAGUUUCUAAAACAAGGUCCAUUCUUUGCCGGUCGGAUGGGCGUUGAAGUACAAGGCAGCGAGCCACCAUCACCACAAAAUAAGAAAGAGUUCGAUAACUCAAGAAAGAGAAAGUCAGAUGAGAUGGUGAAUGCUGAUCUUGCUGAUGCGAUGGAUUAG